UGCCUUUUUUGGCAUGGCAGCCCGCUUAAACGGCAGCUAUAGCUCAAAUCAGCACCUCCUCCAGUCAUGGGUUACAUCCAUGCGGCCGCGAGGCUCGGCCUAGGCACCGCAUCGAUCUGCGCACUGCUCUUGGCCGCAGCCGUCUUCCAAUUCCUGUGCCUCGACGCGGCGUCGACGCGCCGAUUUACGAUCAGUGCGUCGACCGUCGCGGAGGGCCAAUUCUACCGCAUCGUCACGUCGUCGUUCCUCCAUGGCGGCCUUUUGCAUCUUGGGAUGAACGUGGCCUCGACGGCGGCCAUCAGCGGUGCGCUGGAGCGGUCUGCGGGCACGGUCCGGCUCCUCUCGAUCACGCUCUGGGCCGUGCCGCUCGCCGGCCUUGUCUCGUGCGCGCUGUCGCUCCUGCUGACAUUUCUGACGCGCGACGAGUCCUUCGCGCGGCAGCACGCGCUCGGCUUCUCGGGCGUCAUUUUUGCGUUGGCGGCGUGCGAGGCCGCGCGGGGCGGCGGCCGGCGGAGCGUCUUCGGCGUGAUCGAGGUGCCGGCGCGGCUCUACCCCUGGGCGUUGCUGGUCGCGAUGCAGGUCGUUAUUCCGAACGUCUCGUUCGUGGGGCACCUGGGGGGGCUUGUUGUGGGAAGUCUGGAGGUGACUGGCUGGCUCGCGGUGGCGCUGCCCUCGGCAAGCGCCGCCGCCGCCGUCGACGCGCGGUGUUCGCAGCUCCCGGGCUACGUGUUGUCAGGCGACGCGUACGAGGUCCGCGCGGCGUCGGGCGCGGGCGACAUCGUCUCCGUUGUUCGCCACGUCGUCGGCUUUUUCGUCAAGCUCCUCGGCCUCGAUAACGCCGUGCGCUCGUUGCGGCAACGCGCCGGGAGCUGUCUGCGGACGAGGCAUCCCUCGCCGCCGCCCGCGCCGGCCGGCGCGAGCGUCGAGGUCUAGCUCGUCGUGUGUACGUGUCGCGACACCGGCGCAAGCGUCGAUGUGUGCGCGUGUGUCGCGCCCGAUGGCGUGGCGGUUUGGCCCGAGAGUAAAGUUUUGUGAACGUUAGUCAGAGUAGAUGGUGGCACAGCUG